UAUCUCAUCAUGUGCAAAGGACUUGAAUCACUGCCUACCACCUGCCUGGAGAGGGCAAAGGAGCUGAAAGCUCUGUUUGGAAGUUUACUCCAAAAGUCAGAUCACAGCAUCAAUAGCCAGUCAAAGAAAAAUGACAAACUGAGGUUAAACGUGGAGGAUCCAUUAAAAUGGAAGGAGUCGUUUGACAACUUGUUGUCGAGUCGAAAUGGACUUUGCCUGUUCAGAGCAUUCCUACACUCAGAGUUCAGUGAGGAAAACAUUGCAUUCUACUUGGCUUGUGAGAACUACCGGGAAACCAAACAUUCAAAACUGGCCGAGAAAGCAAAGAAAAUUUACGACGAGUUCAUCGGCUCUGAUGCACCACGAGAGGUAAAUCUUGACCAUGUGACCAAAGGCAUCACAAAGGAGAACAUAGUGCAACCCAACCUGUCCUGUUUCAGUCUGGCCCAAGCCAAAAUCUACACGCUCAUGGAGAAAGACUGCUUCCCUCGCUUUAUAAAGUCCUCCACAUACCUGGAGGUCAGCAGAAAGGCCAAGACGGGCUAACAAGCUGAACCUAAACAACUUUCCUCCAAGCAGCAGACAUAAAUGGGGAUACGCAUGAAGCAUAGCCUGGAAAAGUUCACAUGGAACAAAUACCUCAGUCUAAGAAGGUUCACGCCGGGUUGUGGAGUUAUUUUGGGGACCGGAGGUUGCAUACAGAUUGGCGUCCAAGCUGGAAGUUAACGGACACGUGAAGCUGUAAAGACAAGACUGACAAAGACUGUGCUGCCUGCCUCUGGAAGAGACACCUGUACUGUACAUGUACAUACAUGAACGGCAGCCACAGUGGCUUGAAUUAUAAAAAUCAAAUAGACAACAA